CACUCUCUCCCUCCCAGACCCGGUGUCCAGGAAGAGUGUGAAGUCGGCUCACAGCACGCGGAACCGCUACUCCAGCCAGUGGACCCUGACCAAGUGCCAGGCCUCCACCCCUGCGCGAACUCUGACCUCCGACUGGCGCACCGUGGGGUCACAGCAUGGCAUCACGGUGACGGAGAGCGACAGCUACAGUGCCAGCCUGUCCCAGGACACAGAUAAGGGUCGGAACAGCAUGGUCUCCACAGAGAGUGCCUCCUCCACUUAUGAGGAGCUGGCCCACGCCUACGAGCACGCCAAGCUGGAGGAGCACCUGCAGCACGCCAAGUUCGAGAUCACGGAGUGCUUCAUCUCCGACUCCUCGUCCGACCAGAUGACCACGGGCACCAAUGAGAACGCAGACAGCAUGACCUCCAUGAGCACGCCCUCCGAGCCGGGCAUCUGCCGAUUCACCGCCUCCCCGCCCAAACCACAGGACUACGAUCGCGGCAAGAACGUGGCGGUGCCCAUCCCACACCGAGCCAACAAGACUGAGUACACUCACACCGUCAACAAGAGUGAGUAUUGA